AUGGCAUUGUCGCUGGAGGAAUUCAUCCACUCCCUUGACCUCAGGACCCUCCCCAGAGUCUUAGAAAUCCAGUCAGGCUUCUAUUUUGAAGGUUCUAUUUAUGAAAUGUUUGGAAAUGAAUGCUGUUUGUCAACAGGAGAAGUGAUUAAAAUUACUGGCCUCAAAAUUAAGAAGAUCAUAGCUGAAAUUUGUGAGCACAUUGACGGUUGUGAGUCUCCACAGCCAUUUGAACUGCCUAUGAAUUUUCCAGGUCUUUUUAAGAUUGUGGCUGAUAAAACUCCAUACCUCACUAUGGAAGAAAUUACAAGAACCAUCCAUAUUGGACCAAGUAGACUGGGGCAUCCUUGUUUCUAUCAUCAGAAGGAUAUAAAACUAGAGAAUCUCAUCAUAAAGCAAGGUGAGCAAAUCAUGCUCAGCUCAGUGGAAGAGAUCAAUGGAGAAAUAAUGGUGAACUGUGGUGUGCUAAGGCAUCAUCAAAAUCACUCAUUUACUUUGCCUUUGUCACAAGAAGGAGAGUUCUAUGAGUGUGAAGAUGAACAUAUUUAUACCCUAAAGGAAAUUGUCCAAUGGAAGAUCCCCAAGAACAGAACACGAACUGUGAAACUUACGGAUUUUUCAAAUAAGUGGGACUUAACAAAUCCAUUCCCUAAAGGCUUUUAUGGUGCUGUGAUUCUCAAGCCUGUUUAUGAAAUUCAAGGUGUGAUGAAAUUCAGAAAAGAUAUAGUCCGUAUCCUCCCCAGUUUAGAUGUUGAAGUCAAAGACAUUACAGACAGUUAUGAUGCCAACUGGUUUCUUCAGCUGUUAUCUACACAAGAUCUUUUUGAAAUGACCAGUAAAGAGUUCCCCAUAGUGGCUGAAGUCAUAGAAGUGACCCAAGGAAACCAGCUACCCAGAAGCAUUUUACAGCCUGGGAAAACCAUUGUGAUCCACAAAAAAUGCCAGGCAUCAAGGAUCUUAGCUUCAGAAAUUAGAAGCAAUUUUCCUAAAAGACACUUCUUAAUCCCCACUAGCUAUAAAGGCAAAUUCAAGCGGCGACCACGGGAGUUCCCAACUGCCUAUGACCUUGAGAUAGCUAAGAGUGAAAAGGAGCCUCUCCAUGUGGUGGCCACCAAAGCCUUUCACUCCCCCCAUGAUGAGCUGUCAUCUGUAUCUGUUGGGGACCAGUUUCUAGUCCAUCACUCACAGAUCACUGAAGUCCUCUGUGAAGGAAUCAAAAAAGUGGUGAAUGUUCUGGCUUGUGAAAAAAUCCUCAAAAAAUCCAAUGAGGCAGCACUGCUCCCUUUGUACAUGGAAGGAGGUUUUGUAGAGGUGAUUCAUGAUAAGAAACAGUACCAGAUUUCUGAGCUCUGUGCACAGUUCUGCUUGCCCUUCAACGUGAAGGUUUCUGUGAGAGAUCUUUUCAUUGAAGAAGACAUUUUGGCUGCUACACCAGGACUAAGGUUGGAGGAAGCUAUCACAGACUCUUAUCUACUCAUAAGUGACUUUGCCAACCCCAAGGAGUGCUGGGAAAUUCCUGUUGGUCGCGUGAAUAUGACCGUUCAGUUAGUUAAUAAUUUGUCUGGGGAUCCAGGAUCAUUUCUAGUCAGGACUCUGGUCGAAGAGAUCACUGAAGAACAGUAUUACAUGAUGCGGAGAUAUGAAAGCUCUUUCCUCCACCCCCCACCUCGCCCUCCCAAACAUCCCUCAGUGGAAGAAACAAAGUUGACCCUGCUAAACUUAGGGGAAGAAAAGACAGUGGGUCUGCCCAAGUCUCCCAAGAGUCUUCAUGUAGACAGAUCCAAGAAACUGCACUCAAAUCAAGCUGGCCUGGAUUCAAAAGUACCAGUUGGUUGUCAAAAUGAUUUGGCAGAUCUGGAGAAAGAAAGGAGAAAGACUGGGGAAACUGCAGUAGCAGACACCAGUGCAACCACAGAAAUCUUCAAAAAUGAAAAAUAUGAAAAAUAACGAGAUGAGACUGAAGCCACUUGGACAGUGAACAUAAAUUUUGCAAUGGAAAAGCAAGCCUAGGCUUCUAGCUGAAAAAAAAAAAAGCUAUUUCCUAACAGACUGCAGAAGAAACUUGA